AUUCUAAAGCAUUCUUCACUUCACUAUCUGUUCGUUCAUCUCGAUCCUUUUUCUAUUACACAUGCUUGGUCGCUACCUAGAAAAAAAAAAAAUAUAUUUGUGUCUUUUUGGUGUAGCCGUGCGUUGUUCGAUGAAAUGCUUAGCUGAAAAUUUAGGUGUUAGACGUCUUGGAUUAAGUACUUAAUUGGUUACUCCAUAACUUGUUUGCAGCUUUCUUUGGAAAAUUUUGGUGUUGAGCAGAAAGCUUAGUAACUUAUCUGAGGACUAUCUAUGGAGGGAGAAGAGGAUCAGGUGAAGAAGGAAAGGGUAGUAGAGGCGAGAGCAAGAAAUAUCAGCCACAAUGUCAGGUGUACAGAGUGUGGCAGUCAGUCCAUUGAAGACUCUCAAGCUGAUAUUGCCAUUUUACUCAGAAAGCUAAUUCGGGAUGAAAUUCGAGAUGGGAAGUCUGACAAGGAGAUCUACAGAAAGCUUGAGGAUGAUUUUGGUGAGACAGUACUUUAUGCCCCCAAAUUUGAUAUGCAGACGGCUGCUUUAUGGCUCUCUCCGCUACUAGUUGCUGGGGCUGCUGGAGGCAUGUGGGCUUACAAGAAGCACAGGCAGAAGACUAACGUGCACAUUAUGGCUCUGAAUCUCGUUCGAGGAGUCCCAUUAACACCAAAGGAGAAAGAAACUAUGCUCGAGGUCCUCACACCACCUCCUGGAGGAACUUCUUCCUCCAGUUGGUGGAGAAGAUGGCUUCAGCAGUGAAAGUUUCUUAAACCUACCAUCACUUGUAGUCUAUUUUUCUGCUGUAAUAUCUCAAACUACCAGCUAGUCAAGAUGCCACCCUAUCCAUGUCAUUUUGCAUUGGCGUGUUUUGAAUUGGUCAUUGUGAUUACACAUUUUCUAAGGGUUUAUACCCUGAGAUAAGUGAUCGACAUCUUAUUGUACAAAAAGUACAACUUGAUCAUAAGCUGACUUCACAAUAAUGCUGCUAACAUGAUUUUGUGA